ACCCCCAGCUGUGAUGACGUAAUAGCUUGUAUAUUAUCGACUAGUCGCUAAGGACUUGAAGCGUAUUAAUUUUAAGAAAGAAAAUAUAAUUAUCGCCAUGGCCCAUGAAUAUGUUGAAUACGAUACCUUCCAUUCAAACAGUAUGGAAAACUCAGACUCAGAAGAACAUUAUGAAGAGCCUGAGAUUGAAUUGCCAAGUGACAACAAUAUAUAUACUGAGCCAGUGAUGAUCAGGAGACCACAACUUGGUGGUAAAAGACGUGGACAUUUGCCAAAAACGUCUGUGAAAAUUCUAAAAACCUGGUUGUAUGAACAUAGAUUUAAUGCAUAUCCAACUGAAGCUGAAAAACAGAUACUCUCUGAGGAAACGAAUCUAACUUUCCUUCAAAUUAGUAACUGGUUUAUUAAUGCGAGAAGAAGAUACCUCCCAGAGAUGAUGAGAAAGGAAGGAUAUGAUCCCAAUCAUUUCACUAUAUCCCGAAGGGGGAAGAGACUUAAUCAAACAGAGGUUGUGGGAGUCAGGAAACCUAAAAUGUCGCGUAGAAGAGAGGACAGUGAUGAUAGUGAAGGGGAAGUUUAUGAGGAGGUUUUGGAAAAUGAGGUUCUAGUUAAUGGCUAUUUGGAUGGGAAUUCAAGCAGGGGGAAAUUUAAUCCCUGGCAAGCCGAUAUUCAUUAUGGAUUGUUGGAUUCUAAUCAAUUAGCUAGUAGAGGUUCUGAUGAUCAUCAGGAAGAAACUGAGGUUGAAAGCAUUGUCACAAAUGCUAAUCAAAUUGUUAGUAACAAUUCAAAUUUAAUCCUCGUUAAAACGGCUUCUGGUAAAAACGUUGUUCUCAAAGUUGUUCCACAAAGUAGCCUGGAUAUUAGUGAAAAAGGCAAAAACUUUGUUCUGCAAGCUAAGGCCGUAAGUGUAAGUCCAUUGAAUUCCACUAUCAACAUAAAGGAGGAGUUGCUAGAUCAAGAUUACGAUGAAAGCGAGUGUUUGCAAUUCGAAGAUACCGGCGUUGAUUCUGUGGAGUGUGAAACGGUGGAAGAGGGAGUUUUCUUGAACGAUGCGUUAUUCGAAAAUGAAAUAGCGACAAAAAGUUUCGAGGACGAUGCGUUUGUAAAUGAAGUGACUAUAGAAGAGGACGAUAAAGACACAUAAUUUAGUUUAAAGUUUAUUUAUAUAACGUAAAUAUCUUUGGGGUACAAGCUAAGCUUUUCUUUUAUUAUAUGUCAAGAAUUGUUGCUGGAAAUUUCGGCUGAAUUAUAUUCAAAGUAGCUUAAUUGUUUCAUAUGUGACAAAAUUUAGAAAUGGUAUUUAACAAAGCGAUUUAUUUGCAAAAUACAGUAAUAACAAAACACGU